UGCUGUGAGUUGCGGGUCAGACAGGCAGGACUUAAGGUGGAUCUUCAUGUAAAACACUUCAACUAUCACCGGCGUUUGCCAAUUUGACGUUUCUUCUGUUAAAAAAAAAGAUUUAUAGCGAGCAGAAUUGGGGAGCGUCUGGACGAACAUGGCCACGGAUAUAACAAAAGGUUUGCAGCAAGUGUCUGUCGUUGAGCUGUAUGCGUCAGACAAAUGUGGUAACGACCAGGAUGGAGAUGGCUCCCAGCAGAAACCCUUCAAGACUCCUCUCAAGGCUCUGCUGUUCAUCGGUAGUGAACCAUUCCCUACCAUCUAUGUAGACUCACAGAAAGAGGAUGAGCGCUGGGCAGUGAUUUCCAAAACACAAAUGAAGAAUGCAAAGAAGGCUUUUGCCCGAGAGCAAGCCAAGAAUGAGUCCAAGGAAAAAAAGGAGGCAGAAGACAAUGAGAGGAGAGAGAAGAACCUGGAAGACGCCAGGAAAAUCGUUAUUGAAAAGGACGCCAGUUUGCCCGACCCGGAAACGGUUAAAAUUAAUCUUCUUGAAACAAAAAGGGAGCAGAGAGUCAAAGUCUUUGGAUGGAUUCAUCGCCUUAGGAGGCAAGGAAAGAAUUUGAUGUUUAUCGUGCUGAGAGAUGGAACCGGUUUUCUCCAGUGUGUGCUGUCUGAUAAACUGUGCCAGUGCUAUAACGGUUUGGUGUUGUCCACUGAGAGCACAGUAGCCCUGUAUGGGACUGUAACACCUGUUCCUGAAGGAAAACAGGCGCCAGGGGGCCACGAGCUCCACUGCGACUUCUGGGAGCUGAUUGGUUUGGCACCGGCGGGCGGGGCCGACAACCUUCUGAACGAAGAGUCCGACGUGGACGUCCUACUGAACAACCGACACAUGCUGAUCAGAGGAGAGAACGUCUCCAAGAUCCUCAAAGUGCGCUCCGUGGUUACGCAGUGCUUCAGGGACCAUUUCUUUGACCGCGGAUACUACGAGGUUACUCCUCCAACUUUGGUGCAGACUCAGGUGGAGGGCGGAUCCACGCUGUUUAACUUCAACUAUUUUGGCGAGCAGGCGUACCUGACACAGUCCUCCCAGCUUUACUUGGAGACAUGCAUACCUGCACUGGGCGACAGCUUCUGCGUCGCUCAGUCAUACAGAGCCGAGCAGUCCCGCACCCGCAGACACCUUUCUGAGUACACUCACAUUGAGGCAGAGUGUCCCUUCAUAACCUUUGAGGAUCUUCUAGCCAGACUGGAGGACUUGGUUUGUGACGUUGUGGACCGAGUUCUGAAAUCUCCUGCCGCCCAACUGCUCUAUGACGUCAACCCGAACUUCAAACCCCCCAAGAAACCAUUCAAGAGGAUGAACUACUCGGAAGCCAUUGAGUGGCUCAAAGAACAUGACGUCAAGAAGGACGACGGCACCUACUACGAGUUUGGAGAGGACAUCCCCGAGGCCCCGGAAAGGCUGAUGACCGACGCCAUCAAUGAAACCAUUCUGCUUUGUCGUUUCCCUGCUGAGAUCAAAUCCUUCUACAUGCAGCGCUGCACUGAAGACAGACGCCUCACGGAGUCGGUUGACGUUUUGAUGCCAAAUGUGGGCGAGAUAGUGGGAGGCUCCAUGCGUAUAUGGGAUUCUGAGGAGCUGCUAGAAGGCUACAAGAGGGAGGGCAUCGACCCCACCCCAUACUACUGGUACACCGAUCAGAGAAAGUACGGCACGUGUCCUCACGGCGGCUACGGUCUGGGCCUGGAGCGCUUCCUCACCUGGCUGUUGAACAGACAUCACAUCCGAGACGUCUGCCUUUACCCGCGAUUCAUCCAACGCUGCCGACCCUGAACACGCCGCAUGUGGCGCCAACAUGUGAGCUACGCUGUCGAAUCACGUGCUGCACAAUUAAAUGUUUGUCCCAUGUCUUUUUAUUUUUCUCCUCAAAAUGUCUCAAUUGGAAAAAACACUCAAUUACAGAUCAUGUUGUGCACAUUUACCCCUUCCUGACUUCUGCUCAAUCCAAUCAUGCCCGCUCUCGCUCUGCGUCUGAUCAUUCAGCAGUAACUUGAUCGUGAAGUAGUGGACCCGCCUGAUCAUUUCCUGCCUUAAAAGUCUUUUUUUUUUAGCUGCUUCUUAGCAAAUGUUGGGUAGGACGAGGUGGCCACAGGGCUAUGGGUGUAAAUAAUGAAGUUGUGUCUCGGUUGUUUACGGCGGAAGCUUACAAAGUUGAACAAUGCUGAACAAACGUCUCUUGUUUUUGACUAAUGAACAUUUGUCGGACAAGUGUGUCUCCUCCCAUGAGGGCGUGACAUGAAUACUCGUGCAUCUGCCGCCAUAGGACCACUAGUUUUACUCAUGCAGUGUACUGAAGCACUGGAAGUGCACUGCUCGUGCUCAGGAGGAGUGCACACAAAAUGAUCCUAAAAAAUGGAAAUACUGAGAAGAAGAGAGGUCAAAUAUGCUAUAUUCUCCUGAAAACCAGCGUCCUCUGCAGUGGACUUUUGUCUGAGCCAAAAAUAUCCCAAACAUCAACACAAUGACCGGCAUGACGUUCUAUAUACCGUAUUUUUCGGAGUAUAAGUCGCACCGGUCGAAAAUGCAUAAUAAAGAAAGAAAAAAACAUAUAUAAGUCGCACUUUUUUGGGAAAUUUAUUUGAUAAAACCCAACACCAAAAAUAGACAUUUGAAAGGCAAUUUGAAAUAAAUAAAGAAUAGUGAACAACAGGCUGAAUAAGUGUACGUUAUAUGAGGCAUAAAUAACCAACUGAGAACGUGCCUGGUAUGUUAACGUAACAUAUUAUGGUAAGAGUCAUUCAAAUAACUAUAACAUAUAGAACAUGCUAUACGUUUACCAAACAAUCUGUCACUCCUAAUCGCUAAAUCCCAUGAAAUCUUAUACGUCUGGUCUCUUACGUGAAUGAGCUAAAUAAUAUUAUUUGAUAUUAUAGGGUAAUGUGUUAAUAAUUUCACACAUAAGUCGCUCCUGAGUAUAAGUAACCAAACUAUGAAAAAAAACUGCGACUUAUAGUCCGAAAAAUAUGGUAUACACCCCCACUAAUGACAUUUGGUUAAGUCUCACCUCUACCAGGCGAACUAAAAGCUUCUGGGAGAAAGUCUGGCAGGAUAUUUCUUAACUUUUCUUCGAAUUAGUAGUCUUGUUUCUCCGGUACAUUUUGUGUGUGCUCCUCCCGUUUUGGAAGAACAUGUGACAGAACAAAAGCCUGGUCAGCUCCCUGUGCAUCCGAUCAUUGCCGUUAUGUAAGCGUCGGUUCUGCUUUGUCAUCUGAAAAUAAUGUAGUGCACCUCAAUAAAAAAAUCACUGAAACAAG